AUGUCAGGUUAUCCAGGUCAAGCAAAUUUAAAUAAAAAUUCACCAGCUCCAGGACAAUAUAAUUCACCAGCUCCAGGACAAUAUGGUCAAGCACCAGGUAGUUAUGGAAGUUAUCCACAACAAACUGGAUAUGGUGGUCAACAACAAACUCAACAAUACAGUCAAUAUACACAACAAACUCAACAAUAUGGACAAUAUACACAACAACCACCACAACAAGGUUACCCACCACAACAACAAGGUUACCCACCACAACAAGGCUACCCACCACAACAAGGUUACCCACCACAACAAGGUUACCCACCACAACAAGGCUACCCACCACAACAGCCAGCAUACGGUGGGUAUGGUGCCUAUCAAACCACAUCCUAUGGUGCCUAUCAACAACAACCAGCAUAUGGCGCAUACCCACAACAACCAGCAUAUGGUGCAUACCCAGUAGCACCAGUUGUAGGAGUCACACCAGUGGUUGGUGUUACACCAGUUGUUGCACCAGUUGUAGUAGGUACUGAUAUUCCAUACACUCUUCAUCUUAAAGGUAGUCGUUUAGAUCGUAAAGAUGUUUUCUCAAAAUCUGAUCCAUUCGUUACAAUCUCUGUUCCAAGAAAUCCACUUUAUGUUAGCAAAAGUCAUUCUAGUUAUGUUGGUAAAGCUAAAGGUGGUUCAACCGCUAAUUGGGCUGUCAUUCAUAGAACUGAAACUAUUAGAGAUAAUCAAAAUCCAGUUUGGCAACCAUUCACUCUAGGUUUACACGCUUUAUGUGGUGGUAAUUUAGAAAGACCAAUUAAAAUUGAAUGUUGGGAUUAUGAUAGUGGUGGUGCUCAUGAUAUCAUUGGUAAGAGUGUAACUUCUCUUCGUGAAAUGCAAGUUAUGAAAGAAAUUCGUCUUGUAAAUAAAAAGAGAAUUGGUAUUGGUAAAACUUCUGGUACUAUUGAAGUUUUAAAAUGUUCACCAGCUUAA